AUGCUACCCACAUCUUGUUAUACGAGUGCAACGGCUUUACCGGAUAAUGAUCAACUGGUCAAUAGCCUUUUGGCCUGUCCGGAAUAUUUGCGAGCCAGUAAUCCAUUGGCAGCAGGUGCCGUCGGAGCUAUGAGCAUGGACGGAUUGGCCUGCAGUGGAUUUUCACCAGCAUUCUAUUACCAGGGCAUGGAUAAUUUUCUCUCGCUGCACAACAAUAUCUGGAACUUGCCCAUUUCAUUUUUGCAUAAUACCCAUCGACCUGAGAAACCGCCUUUCUCCUAUAUAGCUCUGAUCGCCAUGGCUAUAAGUAGUGCUCCCAACCAGAGGCUUACACUCAGCGGCAUUUACAAAUUUAUAAUGGACAAAUUUCCCUACUAUCGUGAGAAUAAGCAAGGCUGGCAAAACUCCAUCAGACACAAUCUAUCGCUGAACGAUUGCUUUGUGAAGGUGCCGCGGGAUAAGAAUACCAUUGAUGAUAACGACAGUGCCGGGAAGGGCAGUUACUGGAUGUUGGAUGCCUCCGCGACGGAUAUGUUCGAGCAGGGCAACUACCGACGGCGACGCACGCGGCGGAGGCACUGCGCCAACGCCAGUCGAUUCGAACGGGAUGCGAGUUCACGGGAUGCGAAUGCGAGUAACGAUGCAGAGGUCAGAUCCCCAAGCGAUUCUCUGCCCGACUUUGAUAUAUUCUGCAAUGACAGCGCAGCAGCAAGCAGACCCAACUAUUCGGAUCGCAUUACAGAACUCCAUCGUCAGUACUUGUCGGUAUCCUUUGGCUUUAACAAUCUCUUCAACAACACGCAACGUUUGCCCAGUGGCAGCGAUGCCAAAGAUGCCACAGCCUUUAACUCCGCCGACAGUCCGUGCUCCAGUCGAACGGCCCAAAGUGCCACGGAUAGCGUCCAUCAUGAAGACCUACAUUCCCCGAGCGCCUUCACGCCGCCACUUCCGCGUCGGGAGCCGACGUUCGAUGCAUUUAAAGGGUUCCAGGAAUUACUGGGCGGCGACACGCCCACAGUGCCUGCUGCAAGCAAUAAAUCAAAGACAACAACCCCAUUUACAAUUGAGAACAUAAUUGGCAAACACUAGCCAGAAAUUGUAAGAAUUUCAUAUAUAACAUUAAAUUGAUUGUUAAUACAUA